CUUAGAACAAGCUUUAUGUGUUGCGGUCACUGGAAUCCGCACUUGACAACGACCCAUUAGGUUUUCGGACUUCAAACUUGUCACCGCCACCAGCGCGCAAGCUAAGUAUGCGGUGACAUCAGGACACUAAAAUUACCACAGGAUAAAGCAAAUGAUGUAUAAUGCUGCGACGUCGACGCUGCUGGUGUUUGGCCACUAGGGGCUGCCGGUCCGCAUGACCGACGGCAUGGGUUUUAGUGUUACCACGCCGGACUAUUUGGCUAAGGAGCGAAGUGUACGUCCUACAAGGUAGUGGCUGGAUUAGACCGUUCAACGUCAAGCAUGAAAAGAAGUGCUGCCGCACCCGCAGCUUCCACCGUGGGUGCCGCCACCAAUAAUUUCGGAAACGCAAGAGUUGGUCGAGGAAAUUGAUGGAUAGAUCGCCAGCAUGAAGCAGAGCUGCAAUUUUAGAUCUACAACAGCAGCACGAAACUAUGCAUUAAGAGACUUGGCAGUAACAGAUUCGGAAUCAGGAUAAUGAAUUAACUUCGUGCGUUAGAUGGAGAAGGUGGUGGCGGUGGAUUUGCUGGUGACGUCCGUAGUGUCUGAUGGAUAGCAAGCUCACGUUGAAAUUGCUCGACGCUACGAGGGAUACCGCAGAGUUGGUGCUGGAUGUUUUUAGUGGAGACUGUCCGAAUUUGGUGGGUGUCAACAUGACCGAGCAUGUCCGUGGCUAUCUCGGCCUGAUUGGUAAGGCUGGAUGCUACUUUCGUAAAUAUUUUGACGGUUGGUAAAUGACGAGUCCUUCCUCUCUUUCGGUAUGAGCGAACCGAGACGCGUUACUAACAGUCUGUUAAACUGCUCUUUAGUGGGGAAGGAGCAACUGUACUGACCACUUGCUCCAUUAAGUGGUACGUUUGAAAGCCACCAUGUCCAGACCUGAGUUAGUGUUUUCAAAGCGUUUGAUUGAACUCGCUCCUCCCGACAUGAAAACUGUGCUUUUGGCUAAGUACGACGCAAUACGAUUCAACUAUUUCAUACAUGCCGAGAUUUUCUUUAAGUCAACGAGCUCACGAAUACCCGCAAAAGUUUUAAUUGCGGCAAGGUUAGGCACUUGUCACGCGACCAUAAGAGUUUUGCUUAGGCGGUAAAAGCGCCAAGUGAGCGCUCAUGACUACAAUCUUGAGAUGGAAGAUUAAAUCAUUGACAGUGGUGCAUUUUGGCAUCUCGUUUGAAAGGUUGAGAUGCUUAAGUUGUACUUGUACAGAGAAAGAAUGUAGCAAAAUGCUUGACAGAGCUUUAUUCGAAUUGAUUGAGCAGCAUGGGUCACGUUUGAUGAUGGUCGAAGAUAAUGAGAUUGAAAUCGAGCUUAUGUAUGUGUACUACGCGUCUGAAUUUAUUCUGUAAAGGUAGCUUAUGAUUUGUGGCUGCGGACUAGAACAAAAGCUGCCUCUGUGCGCUUAAGAUGUGCUGAAAACUUUUACUCACCGCUGAAUAAGUGAGACAAAGAUUUGAUGCACGCGGUAUUUGAUCUGCCCAGUACCGAUUUCAUGCAGCGUGGCUUCCUGUGGCACUUCCACACCAGAUUCAGACAUUUAAGCUUUGACAUAAAUAAGCGUCUCGCUGAUGAUCCAAGUUUCGGCUUGGUAUGAUGAGAGUAAACUCUCUUUGACAUGUACUGACGGCAUGCGUCGGCUCAUAUCGGGAAGGAAGCAAAAAAAUGCGCCAAUUGACCGAGUGGGCACUAAUUGUUGCAACGACAUCAAGGACUGAUCAAGCUGUUCGACUAAUAAAAGGGUUUUUU